UUCAGCAGGCUACCCUGAUUUAAAAGCAGACUACUGGCUUCAUCAGAGCAUGGGCAGAAGUGACCUAACACUGCAAACAACAUGCUGCUUCUAGCUUCAACUUUUUUUCUGACACUAUUGCAGUGCUCUUAUGGCCAAAAGGAAACAAGCAUUACACCUGCAGACUGUCAUGCUGUCGAAAGAGAUGCAGGAGUGGCCCUGGAUUUGGUCAACAGACAUCGCAGAGACGGCUAUGCUUUUGGCUUAUUCCGUGUUGCUGAUGCACACCAACUACACAUAGGAAAUUCAUCAAUCCUCUACUUAACUUUGGAUGUGGUGGAAACUGAAUGCCCUGUAUUAUCCAGAAGACACUGGGAGUCUUGUGAAUAUGGUGACCUCUAUACCAUGGACUUUGGCCAGUGCAAGAUUAUCACAUACACAAACCAGCUGCUGAAGAAACCUCAACUAUAUGGAUUUAAUUGUACAUUAAGCUCAGUUCCUCCUGAUUUAUUAGAGUGCAAAGACUGUCCUGUGAAAGUUGAAAUCCUAGAAGUCACUGAGCAACAUAAAAGUAUUGCUGCAGAGGCCCUGAAGAAAUUCAACAGACAGAGUAACCACACAAACUACUUCAAAGUGGACAAAGUCGAAAAGGCUUUAAAGUUGACUGCCUCCCGCGAAGGUCACAGGGUAGCAUUCUCUAUAAAGGAGACCAACUGUUCCAAGUCCACAGAACAAGCAGAUCAGGCAUUGGAAUGUGAUUUUCUGGAUGACUGGCACGCUCAUGUGGGAUUCUGCAAGGCAAGAAUUAUCAGUGAUCCAGAGGAAUCUGAUGGAACAGAUAUAAGCUGUGAAAUCUACCGUCCUUGGCUACAUGACUGCAGACGUCCUCAUCAUCAUUUUGGUCACAGACAUCAUCACAAACAUCCUCACAGACAUCAUCACAAGCAUGGAUGUCCACCCUCUUCUCAAUCCAGACCUGAAGAUGCUGAGCAUAAAGAUAGUUCCAAAGAAGAACAUCAAGCAAAUCAUGAAGGAUCUGCUCCUCCUCCCCAUGGUGGACAUCAUCACCAUCAUCACCCACACCAUUGUCCUCCACCUCCUCCCCACGGUGGACCACAUCCUCCUCUCCAAGAGGAACCCAAACAUUCCCUGUCUGCUUCUCCUUCCCAUGAUGAACAGCAGCAUUCUUCUCCUUCCCAAGAGGAAUUACAUCAACAUCCUUCUCCUCCUCCCCAUGAUGCAGCACAUGAUCAUGAUCACAAUCAUGGACCACACUGUCCUCCCCCUCACAGACCACAUCACCACCAUCCUCUUCCCCACCAUAGACCACAUUGCCCUCCUCAUCAUGGACCACAUCACCACCACCCUCCUCCCCAUCAUGGAUCACACUGUCCUCCUCCCCCUCCUCACGGACCACAUCAUCACCAUCCUCCUUCCAAUUGUGGACCACAUCACCACCAUCCUCCUUCCAAUUGUGGACCACAUCACCACCAUCCUCCUUCCAAUUGUGGACCACAUCACCACCAUCCUCCUUCCAAUUGUGGACCACAUCACCACCAUCCUCCUUCCAAUUGUGGACCACAUCACCACCAUCCUCCUUCCAAUUGUGGACCACAUCACCCUCCUCCUCAUCAUCAUCUCUGUCAUCACUAUGACAGACACCACUGCAACAGGACAAGUAUACCAGGAAAGCACUUUCCAUUACAGGUAACAGGAGCUGUCUAUCACAUUCCAGUUCUAAAUCAGCAGGAUUCUCUCACACCUCCCACUGCAAACUUCCUUGAAGUAUCCCAAAACAACCCUCACUCCUCCAGCACUGAGGAAGAUACUUUCUUCACUGGCUCAAAUCAAAAGGAGAUGCCAGAAGCUCUGGUAUUUCCAGAUCAUCCUACACAAUCAAAGUCAUGCCCAGGAAACCCCAAACUCAUUCUUCCAGAAAUUUUACCUCUAUUUCCACAUAACUCCAUGGAAGAAAAAUCCUCUAUAUGA